ACAAAGAGAGAACAUUUUUUUUUGAGCAAACAAAGAAGAACAUUUUUUCUUCAAAAAAAAAAACAGAACUCCAUGUAUACGGUUACUUGCAAUGUACUCCCAAAGGUCACAUCACCACGACGACAACCACUCAUCAGAGCAACAAUGGAGUCUUCUGCUAAUUCCGAUGGCUACCAAAACAUCUUGAUGAUGCGUCACGGUGACCGCAUUGACCAAGUCAACCCACUCUGGCUCGAUACAGCUGCGAGACCUUGGGACCCUCCGCUCGUUCACGACGGUAUGGUACGCUCGUUUCGAACUGGUCAACGUAUUCGAUCUCAGAUACGAUUUCCCAUCCACAGGGUCUUCGUCUCUCCCUUCAUCCGCUGCGUCCAGACUGCUUCAAAAGUGGUCAACGCUCUCACUGCCAUCGAUCUUGACCCUAACGCUACGUCGUCUAAAGACGUCCUCUCCAUCGACAAAUCCAAGCUCAAGGUUUCUAUUGAGUUUGGAUUAAGCGAGAUGCUUAACACAAUAUCUAUUAAGCCUGAGAUUGCCCCUAGAGAUAGAAAAUUCGAGUUCUUGAUUUCUGAUCUUGAAGCUAUGUUUCCUGAGGGAAUGGUGGAUCAUAAUGCGAUUCCUGCUUAUAAAGAGAUGCCACAAUGGGGAGAGACCGUACAAGAAUGCACUGUUCGAUUUCUUAAUGUUGUUAACACACUUGCUAAUAGGUAUCCUUCAGAGAACUUGCUCUUAGUCACUCACGGGGAAGGAGUAAGGACUACAUUUGCAACCUAUAAAGAGGUUGAUGUAUACGACAUUGAGUACUGUGCUUGUGCUGAACUGAGAAGGCAGAUCUCGAGUCAAGGCGGGUCUACAAAAGCUGGACACUUUGAGGUCAUAACAAGUCUUGGUCAAUCUGGAAUCAAGUAUCAUUAACCACCACAGCAGAGCAAUGAUCAUGUCCUUGGACAAACUCAGGUUUAGUCAAAUGUCUUCGAAAGAUCAUCAUGCCAUUGGGGAACCAAACCGGAUUCUGGAUAUCUAGAAUUUUCCGGUUAACCUGCCUUGCACUUCAUUACAGAAGGAAAUAUAUAACGAGAACAACAUUGUAGUCAAUCCAAGAAAAUUAAUAAAAGAUAUUUUAACUGCC